GAAGGGAGUCGCCUAGGAGCCGCUGCAGCGGGCUGCUCUAGCGGGCCGCUCAGCCUCCUCUUCUCUACUUUGUCUCUCUCCCCUAUCUUCCUCUCUCUGUCUCUCCCUCUUCCCUUCGAUCGGGAGACGAAGGGUGUUUCGUGGACGACGUACCAGGAAGAACGGCGAAACGUCGUCGUCGUCGUCGUUGUCGCUCCCUGAUCGCCUUGCUGAGGUAGGCAGAUAGAGGAAGAGGAGACUGGAGAGGUGGAUCAGUGCCGGACCUCCGUGUGCGGCCGCGGCGUUUCUCCGGGGGUGGGGAUGGAGCCGGAGCAACGAGGACGCACUUCGCGGGCGUCGUCGACGUCGAGCCUCGGGCGCGAGGUCCGUUGCGGGUGUCAGUACUACCAGAGCGACUCGCUUCUGCCGGAGCGACGUGCUCUCCUCGUCAGACCGUCAUCCAGGACGAUGCAGCAGCCACCUGCGGUCCGCUGCAGCGAGCACGACUAUGAACCGAUCGCGCCGCCGCCGCCGUCGCUGCCGCGUCCAGUGAUGGCACCGGUCGUGCGGAUUACCGACACGGACGUGAUGCCCGUCGCCGACAGCGACGACAGUCUCGACGAUCGGGGCCGGCUACCGCCGGAGCUGAUCCUGGACGGCGAUGUGAUCCUCCCGUUGGACGGCAAAAUCGAGGACAGCGCGAUGGAGGGCCGUGAGCUCGGCGAGACCUGCGGCGAGACCUCCGAGGAGCAGGAACCUACGGCGCAGCAGUUUCAGGACAGGCUGGAGGAGCGAUUCCUCGCGUCCACUCCCUACACCGAGUCCAGAACAGACGGCGAGGUCAACACUAGUCAGGUAGACUCGUUGGCGAUGGAAGAGCUGCCACUUCAGCGUGGCGCUCGCGGCCUACCUCAACGCCUGAAGACGCAGGCUGGUAAGCUGCGCACUCGGCUCCGUGGUAUUCAGCGGCCCGCGUUCUCGUUCCCACAGAAACGGCAGAAACCCGAAAAAGCAACGACGACGACAACGACGACGACAACGACGACGGUGAGAUCGGCGGCGGCCAGCAGUGGCAAAUCGGACAAGUCCCGCAAGUCCGCGGAGAAGCGGCCCAGCAGAAUCGACCGCAUAAAAACAUCCAUCUCCGAGAAGACGGGAAAGUUCAGUCUACCGCUUGAUCGGCCGCGAUUCAGUCUGCCCGACAGGUCCAAAUUUCACCUGCCGGAGAGACCAAAGUUCAAUUUCCCGGAUAAGUCGCGCUUCCAUUUACCAGACAGGUCCAAGUUUGCUAUCAAGAAGCCCAACAUCCGUCUGCCCAGUGCGCUCACUCGCGGUAAGCGACCCCCUUCCAUGCGCGAGCAGCAGCAGCAGCAAUCGACGGAGUCCACUGCCGGCUCCAAACGCAAUAUCUUCGACUUCGUCACGUAUCCGCGCAUCUUCGACAAGAAGUCCAAGAAGCGCGGCGAGUACGCGACGUCCUCGCCCAAGGACUCCAGGAACCAGUCGGCGGAAAGCGCGACUUUUCCUCGCGCCCGGAAAGCAAAGACCUUUAGCGCCAGAUGGGCGCAACGUUUUGGGGACUCGACCUACGUUCAGGAUCAGGAUCGUCCGGAUAGAGCAACGGGAAGCGACGGCUCACCUCCGUGGCAUCAAAGUUCAGUGGAGGAGCCGCCGAGACUGUCCGCUAGAACGGAAGAGGAGAUACUGGCGGCGGCUCGCGCGAUUCCGUGGGGGGACACGAAAAAACGAGAACAGUACGACGAAGAGGAAAUACAGUACAUGGACUACGAGCAGGAAUCGUCAGAGAUGUCAGAUCGACAUCCCGCUCCUCCGAAAAGAUCCCACAAGUCGCGAAGACGGGAGGAGUCGUACGAACGCGAGCAAGUGAUAGAAAUAGACCCGAAAUUAUACAGCAGUAAAGAAAUAAAACACGUUCAUAGAGAUGACAUCGAAGAUGCGGUAAUGCAAGAUGACUGGCAUGAUCAGCAGAUGAUGCAUAAGGAACAAUUCAGACCGAUUCCGAGGUCGCGAUCGUUGGACGAAGAUAUGCCACGAGUUCUGGAGCAAGAAAGAUACGGCGGAGCGUUCAUGGCGGUGGAUCCGAGGCGAUUUGGAGCGGGUAAAGUGGCAUCCGACGAGGAGGAGGGCGAAGAGGAGGGUGAGCCUUCUUCAAUACAAUCCGAUCGGGAGCAACAAGCGUCCAGCGGCAGUUCCUGCGAUCGAAGGCGUCGCGGAGUGAUAGAGGAGAUCGACUCGGACGAGUUCUUCCUGCGGGCGAGCGGUAUCAGCCAGGAUGACAUGAUUCUAGGCAAUUACUUGACCGACGAGAUCCGAGAUGCUCUCAGGGCGGAAGUUAUCAACGCGUUGCAGGACGACGAGCCCCCACCCACUCCGCCUCAGCGUCCUAUGAGAACGCGGACAUUGAGAAAGCACAAGGAAGAUUUAGGGGAGUCCAAUGAAGCGGUACCACCGGUCAGACCAAAACGGGAACGAUCGGCGGCGGCGGCGGCGGCGGCAGCGCAGGUGCGACAUAGUCGAGAGGCAUCGAUCGUGGACGAGGUGUUCCGUGAACGCACCAGGAGUGACUCUAGAAGCGACUCCAGACACCGCGUGGUGUAUCAGGCGGAGGGAGAUGAACGGAUGCCAUUGCAGGAGCCAUUGGAUGACAUAGUGGUGGUGAAACCGGUGCGCAGAAAAUCAAGGUCGUCCUUGCGCAGUCAGUCGCAGCCGCCGAUGGAGACAGCGAUGCCCACCCCUUCAGCACCCGUUAUCACUGUACCCGAUUCGCCCACUACUCUUUCAACCAGGCCACCGGUCGUACCGAUACGCAGAAAGCGCUCGCACCGGGAAACGAUGGCGGACCGAAGAAACGGUAACGUGGGCGCACAGAUUUGCAACGGUCAUCGCGACGAAUGGGAGAUCGAAAUCGUCAAGUCCGGGAAGCCGAUGAUUCCGGCGAGAUCGUCGCGAUCACGGCAGUCGCUGAACGAGCAAUUCGUCGCCAAUGGCGACGUCGUCGUGUCCGCGAGUCACGAGGACAUCGAGAUUCUGGACGCGCGGCUCCGGCGGCAAGACACUGCGCCAGAACCGGUGCCGGUACCGCCGAAAAGACGAUCCCGCUCGAGAACGACGUCGGUCGCCGCCGACGAGGACAGGACGUCGCAUGGCGCGGAGUCCCUGCCGGAGGCCGGCUACAUCGAGGAAGACAUCCCGCGGGAGGACGAAAACGGCUCGGCGCGAGAUCUCUUUGGUUACGCGAUCGUAGAAAAGCGAGAGAAGCCGCCUAGACCGCCGCCGCCCAGAAGAAAACGCGACAAGUUCGCCACAACGCCAAGACCGACGCCGCCCAGGCGACCUCAACGAGCGUACAGCACUCUGGGACCUACUAGAACGAGAGAUGCCAUGGCGACGGAGACGAUCAGCAUCAUGACCUUAACACCGACUGAAUCCACGCCGUACAUCGAGGUCGCGGGCGCGGACGACAUGGACCAUCGGGACCUUCGUAGUGGCGAGCUGCUCAACAAGAUUCAAGGCCGUCCACUUCCGGCGCCGCCGCGACCACCCAGAGCGAGGAAGGAGCACGCGGUGGUCGAGCGACCUCGCACCCCGUUCGAAUAUGCGGAGACAACGGAGGUGACGGCAGCGACGCAGACCGAUCCAUUGCCGGAUGACAUGGUGAUCGAGGAGGAGAUCACUCAGGCGAAGCUCAUAAUGACGCCUUCCAGAUCGGGCUCGCAGAUAAUGGUAUCGAUGGAGCGUAUACCCAGUCCAAGCGGAACAACCACGCCUCCCGUACCUCCGCUACCAAUGCCACUGUUUCUGCGAAAAGGGGAAGAGGAAGAGGAGGAAGAAGAGGAAGAAAGAGAGGACGAGCAGCUGUCAGGAGAAGAAGACAUCCGAAUAGCAUACGACACGGUGUCGCUAACGUCACCGUCGCCCACAAGAGAGCUCGACUUGAAGAACAAGCACAGGUCGGCACCGCAUCUGGAGGAACGCGUCACGGAGGAGGCGCAACCGCGGCCUCAAGUCAAGUCGGGUCUACUAUCCGACGAGCCGCUGAGAAUCAGCAGUCUCGAGGUCGGAGACUUGAAGGUCGAUCGACUGAGUGUGUCACAGAUAGAAGCGCACAAGAUCGUGGCGUCCGAGGUGGACGCGAUGCUGAUCACGGCGUCGGAAUUGAGAGGCGGCGAUUCCAUGGAGGAGAGUUUGUCGCCGGCCAUUAUCAGAGAGCUGAUGGCGAUCAGGAGCCACUUGGAGACCGUGGUGACCACCCAGGCGCAAGAGAGGCAUCGUGAAAGCGAGAAGGAAUCCGCGAGCCGGAAGACAAUCGACAUUCCCAUGACGGAUGACAGUCGAGUUCAGGAGCGGCAACCCGCGUCGCAGGACGUCUCGCCGGAAGUGGCGAAGCCCAGCGAGACUGUCGCGAGUGAAUCAGCGUCCACGGAAGAUGAGAAGACCGAGGCCGGCGAGGACCAAAAGGUUGUUAAAACAAACGUAAUAGAUGUCAAGGACAAAGAAUUAUCACACUCCCUCUCAAUUGCUCAAGCCAAAGAAUCCCCUUCCCAAACACGUACGGUAGAUGAAUUAGAGCCCCAGGAUAAAGACGAAUCCAUCGCACAUUUACUCACAGUCGCUCAAGAUAAAUCCUUACGAAUUUUAGAUUCCGAACAUCCCCUAACUUUGAGUUCGCAAACCACGUCCGGCCCCCACGUGGAUGAAUCUCGUGCCUCGUAUCCUCCGUCGGAUGCACCUUCAACCCAACCCUCCGAAUCGAGAGAGUCGCCGGAACGCGUUGACGAACCCCCAAGUAUCUCUGUCCAGACUACUACUAUUACUACUACUUCUACUUCUUCUUCUACUUCUACUACUGCUACUGCUACUGCUACUGCUACUGCUACUACCGAGUUGGGUGCAACAUCUACGGGUCUUCGUGGCAGCAAGGACGACGUGUCCGAUAGUAAAGAACAGACCCCCCGCAUGUCAAGAUCUAGAUCUCCCUCGCCUAGCACAGGUAUCGUGCGGCAGACCGCAUCUCCGGUCCGUUCAUUGCCACCAGCCAUCUCCGUAACCCCCGAUACUCCCGAUUCGACCGUACCAAUGCACGAUGGUACCUUUACGGACGCUAAACCGCUGCGUGCCGUCAUUUCCUAUUCUUCAGACACGAGACAGAGUGUCCCUAAAGACAGUCAACCACAGCGCGCUGUUAUCUCCCACUCUUCCGACGCGGGACAAUCCCCUGCAGAGAAGCAAAGGGAGUCCUCCCAAUCGCCGGUAUCCCCCUUUCCCCUGAGCCCGACUCACUUCAUCGCCUUUCCAGCUUCCGAAAUUCCAACACAGUUCUUUUCUUUGAGUGAAACGCCAACGAGUCAACGCUCCGACACAGAACCCGGCGUUAUAGACACUACGCAGCAGCUCCUUCGGGCACUUCGAUUAGUCGGCGUAAGAGCCAUGAGGUAUUUUAUAGGGUAUCUGACGUCUACGUUAAGCAUGGACGACACGAGAGAAAAGGUCAGAGAAGUGGAAUUAGCGAUAUGCGCCUUGUUACUCCUGAUCGCAGGCUUGUUGAUAUAUUAUUUCGGUAGCACACGAAUCGUGACACAUCAUCAUCACUGGGAUUACUUUAAUCCCCCUCAAUAGCACUUCAAUCCGAUUUGCCCACAUCGCGUAUACAAAGUGGCAAAUAGUUCAUUGGCUCAUAGAACGUGAAAUUUCAUAUUUCUAAUUGUAGAAAUUUUUUGUACAAGUUUUGUCUCGAAAAAAAUACGGGCUAGGAACGCGACGAAAGUAAGGAAUUUGAAUGGAAUUAUAGCUCUUGUACACACACAUGAGAAUAAAACGAAGUGCCAGGUUUGUAAGAAACAAAUUGUAAUUACAUUACUCUAAUAUAUAUGCCAAAUAUACAAUUAUAAACCUUAA